UCACAAGCCGUCUGAUGGUCAAAGGGUGGGCAUAAGAUGGAGACACCCUGCGUCCGUACUCGUAUCGGGAGCGACGUAAUAGCCCAAAGGCACCAAAAGGCAAAGUAAGCAGCAGCACACUGUACUCGCACUUCGUACACGGUACUCGUUCGUAAUCGCGACAGCUCGCACCCAGCGGGUACUUCGGACAGGUCACAGUUAUCCUAUAUGGGGCGGGCAGUGUGAAUAGCGGAUAGCCGCCGCGUGUCAGAACCACGCCCGGCGCCACGCCAUGGUGGUGUGGAAUGGAUACGAGUCUUCUCUUGAGAAGGUUUGCCCGUUGUUAAGUAGCGGUGUUGAGUGCAUACUUUGUUCGCAGGAGGCGCUGAUGAAAGAGCUGACUUCUACUAAGCCCCAGCCGACCCAAGGUCAGACCCAUCGUCAGGCCAGAGUCAGACCCGGAGCCAGAACAGAUUUAGACCGAACCAGAUUCAGACUCCUCCUUCCAUGGACCCAACAAACGGCUCAAUACCAAGCUUUGCAUGGUCUCACCGGUAGCAUCAUCUCCUCUGGAUCUUGCCCCCUGCCGUGUGUGAGGACGAAGGGAGACGAUGACGAAAGAAAAGCAAACAAACCCAAAGGCCAAUACCAAAAAAGAAGCGGCUGGGUCGCGUGCCGCUCGGGCAUUGUGCUAUCCAGUGCUAUGUAUGUCGUGUACCCAAUGUUUCGGUUUAGCCUCCGUCUCAUGCACACGAGCUCUUCAUUCUCUGGACUCGCCACAUUCCCAUUCCUGGGCUCCGGACUGGUUCUCGACGCUCUGCACUGCACGCUGCACGCUCCUGCAGCGCUGGAUCAUGGCCACGAAAUAUCCAUGACCGCGUGGAUGGGAAAUGGCGGCUGCACCGCGAUAAGAUACAGAGGUGCGUUGCGCUACUGCACGUCUAGGCAGGACUGUAAAGUUCUCCGGACAAGUCCCUGGUCCUGCUGCAGUGCUCGGUGACAGGCAAUGCUACAUACCUACCUGAUUAAGCCCAGCCACUGGAGCUGUUCCCGCCCGAGAAGUACUUGCCACCGAAAGGGAUUGUCAGGGACGGGGUAUUGAGGCAGAGAGAGGGAGAAGAAGGGUGGGCGGGUACAGGAUACUUGUGCUCGCGUGUGGCUUCUGCGGACGAGCAAGUAUCCUCUUAAUAAACGUGUCUAAUAAUGUGCCUGGCUUGGCAUCUCCCCCUGAUAAAGACACUCCCGCCCCCAGGCGUGUCCUCCCGCUCCCCAAUGUCG